UGUCCAUUCGGAUGGAAAAACCCUGCAGCUUAAACCCUAAUUCACCUUUCUUUCAAAUCACCAUUCCUCACUUCUUUUAAAAUAUACAUUAAAUAAAACAUCAAACUACAUUAUUAUCUUUCAGUAGUUUCAUCCAACUGUUGAAUCAUGAAGUACAAAAACACCCAGAAGAAGAUGGGUGGUUCAGCCCACAAGGGAAAGAACAAAUCUUCAUUAAACCAAGACCCCUUUUUCGAGGGCGAGACGAAGAAGAGGAGAAAAUUCAAUUAUGAUGACGAUGACAUUGACUCUGGAGAAUCGGAAGACUAUGAUAAUGAAAUUGGGGGAGGUGGGUCUGAUGAUAGCGAGGUGGAGGAGACCGCGGAUGAGAAGAGAAAACGGGUAGCGACGGCGUAUUUGGAGAAGAUAAGAGAGAUUGCGAGGAGGGAAAAGGAGGGGGAGGAAGAGGAUGGAAGGGAUGAGGGAGAGAAAGAAGGCGAAAGAGAUUCCCUUGUUGCAAAGAUUUUGCAGCAGGAACAGUUGGAGGAGAGUGGGAGAGUUAGGAGAGUGAUUGCUUCAAGGGUUCAAAGCCCUCAAAAGAUUGAUGAGUUCCGGGUUUUAGUGAAGCAUCGGCAAUCUGUUGCUGCUGUAGCUCUAUCUGAGGAUGAUUCAAAGGGCUUUUCAGCUUCCAAAGAUGGCACCAUUUUACAUUGGGAUGUUGAUAGUGGGAAAGUUGUGAAAUAUUUAUGGCCUAGUGAGGAUGUGCUAAAGUUCCAUGGUGCCAAAGAUCCACAAGGUCGAGCUACAAAACAUAGUAAACAGGUUUUAGCAUUGGCUGUUAGCUCUGAUGGUCGGUAUUUGGCUAGUGGAGGAUUAGACCGCCAUGUUCAUUUGUGGGACACCCGUACACGAGAGCAUAUACAGGUCUUUCCAGGACACAGAGGGCCUGUGUCUUGUUUAACUUUCAGGCAAGGAACUUCUGAACUUUUUUCUGGUUCAUUUGAUCGAACGGUCAAGAUAUGGAAUGCAGAAGACAGAGCUUAUAUAAACACUCUAUUUGGUCACCAAAGUGAAGUAUUGACCAUUGACUGCCUACGCAAAGAACGGGUAUUGACUGUUGGACGUGAUCGGACUAUGCAAUUGUGGAAGGUCCCUGAGGAAUCACGUUUAGUAUUUCGUGCUCCUGCUUCAUCUCUGGAAUGUUGUUGCUUUAUCAGUAACGAUGAAUUCUUGUCUGGCUCGGAUGACGGAAGUGUUGAGCUUUGGAGUGCACUGCGUAAGAAGCCUGCUUACAUUGUGAAGAAUGCUCAUCCUUUGUUGGCUGGCCACAAGAAUACUGAACAAAAUGAGAACAGCAAGACCUCCAAUGGUCUUAUGGAGAAUGGUGAUCAUAAUCCUGGAAUCUAUAAUUUCUCAUCAGCAUAUUCCUGGGUGAGUUCAAUCAGUGUAUGUAGAGGCAGUGAUCUUGCUGCAUCAGGAGCUGGUAAUGGUUCUGUCCGUUUAUGGGCUAUUGGAAGUGAAACCAAGGACAUUCGACCCUUAUACGACCUUCCAUUGGUUGGGUUUGUGAAUUCCCUUGCUUUUGCGAAAUCUGGACAGUUCCUUGUUGCUGGAGUCGGGCAGGAACCUCGUCUCGGAAGAUGGGGAGGUCUUCGACCGGCUCAAAAUGGAGUUGCUGUUCAUCCCCUGACACUCUCACAAUAGGGUUUGACAAAUGAUUUUCUAAUCUCCAAUUUUGACUUAGCAUGAGUUGAGAAAUCAAGUGAAAGGAAUAGCAUGUUUGUUUCUUUUUCUUUUUUUGUCCAAAUUUAUAAAUUAUAUGAGUAUAGCCCUUUGUAUCUCCAUUUUUCUGAUCAUAUCUGUUUCCUGUUGUAUUUGUUCACUUGGACUUGAAAAAAAAAUAGAAGAUCAAAUACAUUAUGCAA